AAUAAAGAACCUUGUCCGAAGAGUGAAGAACCUUGUCCUCAGAGUGAGGAACCUUGUCCUCAGGAUGACGAACCUUGUCUUCAGUGUGAAGAACGUUGUCCUGAGAGUGAAGAACCUUGUCCUCAGAAUGAAGGACCUUGUCCUCAGACUGAAGAACCUUGUCCUCAGAGUGUAGAACCUUGUCCUCAGGGUGAAGAACCUUGUCCUCAGAGUGAAGAACCUUGUCCUCGAAGUGAGGAACCUUCUCCUCAGAGAGAAGAACCUUGUCCUCAGAGUGAAGAACCUUGUCCUCAGAUUGAAGAACCUUGUCCUCAGUAUAAAGAACCUUGUCCUCAGAGUGAAGAACCUUGUCCUCAGAGUGAAGAACCUUGUCCUCAGAGUGAAGAACCUUGUCCUCAGAGUGAAGAACCUUGUCCUCAGAGUGAAGAACCUUGUCCUCAGAGUGAAGAACCUUGUCCUCAGAUUGAAGAACCUUGUCCUCAGAGUGUAGAACCUCGUCCUCAGAGUGAAGAACCUUGUCCUCAGAGUGAAGAACCUUGUCUCGAAGUGAGGAACCUUCUCCUCAGAGUAAAGAACCUUGUCCUCAGACUGAAUAAACUUGUCCUCAAAGUGAGCCACCUUGUCAUCAGAGUGAGAUAGCUUGUCCUCAGAGUGGGGAACCUCGUCUUCAGUGUGAGGAAUCUUCUCCUCAGAUUGAAGACCCUUGUCUUCAGUGUGAAGAACCUUGUCCUCGAGUGAAGAACCUUGUCCUCAGAGUGAAGAACCUUCUCCUCAGAGUGAAGAACCUUGUCCUCAGAUUGAAGAACCUUGUCCUCAGAGUGAAGAACCUUGUCCUCAGAGUGAGGAACCUUGUCCUCAGAGUGAAGAACCUUGUCCUCAGAGUGAAGAACCUUUUCCUCAGAGUGAGGAACCUUGUCUUCAGAGUCAGGAACCUUAUCGCCGGAAUGAAGAACCUUGUCCUCAGAGUGAAGAACCUUGACUCAGAGUGAAGAACCUUCUCCUCAGAGUGAAGAACCUUGUCCUCAGAGUGAAGAACCUUGUCCUCAGAGUGAAGAACCUUGUCCUCAGAGUAAAGAACCUUGUCCUCAGAGUGAAGAACCUUGUCCUCAGAGUGAAGAACCUUGUCCUCAGAGUGAAGAACCUUGUCCUCAGAGUGAAGAACCUUGUCCUCAGAGUGAAAAACCUUGUCCUCCGAGUGAAGAACCUUGUCCUCAGAGUGAAGAACCUUGUCCUCAGAUUGAAGAACCUUGUCCUCAGAAUAAAGAACCUUGUCCUCAGAGUGAAGAACCUUGUCCUCAGAGUGAAGAACCUUGUCCUCAGAUUGAAGAACCUUGUCCUCAGAAUAAAGAACCUUGUCCUCAGAGUGAAGAACCUUGUCCUCAGAGUGUAGAACCUUGUCCUCAGGGUGAAGAACCUUGUCCUCAGAGUGAAGAACCUUGUCGUCGAAGUGAGGAACCUUCUCCUCAGAGAUAAGAACUUGUCCUCAGAGUGAAGAACCUUGUCCUCAGAUUGAAGCACCUUGUCCUCAGAAUAAAGAACCUUGUCCUCAGAGUAAAGAACCUUGUCCUCAGAGUGAAGAGCCUUGUCCUCAGAGUGAAGAACCUUGUCCUCAGGGUGAAGAACCUUGUCCUCAGAUUGAAGAACCUUGUCCUCAGAAUAAAGAACCUUGUCCUCAGAGUGAAGAACCUUGUCCUCAGAGUGAAGAACCUUGUCCUCAGGGUGAAGAACCUUGUCCUCAGUGUGAAGAACCUUGUCCUCGAAGUGAGGAACCCUCUCCUCAAAGUGAAGAACCUUGUCCUCAGAGUGAAGAACCUUGUCCUCAGAGUGAAGAACCUUGUCCUCAGAUUUAAAGAACCUUGUCCUCAGAGUGAAGAACCUUGUCCUCAGAGUGAAGAACCUUGUCCUCAGAGUGAAGAACCUUGUCCUCAGAGUGAAGAACCUUGUCCUCAGAAGUGAAGAACCUUGUCCUCAGAGUGAAGAACCUUGUCCUCAGAGUGAAGAACCUAAACCUCAGGGAGAAGAAACUUAUCCUCGGAGUGAAGAACCUUGUCCUCAGAGAGAAGAACCUUGUCCUCAGAGUGAGGAACUUUGUCCUGAGAUUGAAGAACUUUGUCCUCAGAAUAAAGAACCUUGUCCUCAGAGUGAGGAACCUUGUCCUCAGACUGAAGAACAUUGUCCUCAGAUUGAAGAACCUUGUCCUCAGAAUAAAGAUCCUUGUCCUCAGAGUGAAAAACCUUGUCCUCAGAGUGAAGAACUUUGUCCUCAGAGUGAAGAACCUUGUCCUCAGAGUGAAGAACCUUGUCCUCAGAGUAAAGAACGUUGUCCUCACAAUGAAGAAACUUGUCCUCAGAAUGAAGAAACUUGUCCUCAGAGUGAAGAACCUAGACCUCAGAGAGAAGAAACUUAUCCGCGGAGUGAAGAACCUUGUCCUCAGAGUGAAGAACCUUGUCCGCAGAAUAAAGAACCUUGUCCUCAGAAUGAAGAACCUUGUUCUCAGAGUGAAGAACCUAGACCUCAGAGAGAAGAAACUUAUCCUCGGAGUGUAGAACCUUGUCCUCAGAUUGAAGAACCUUGUCCUCAGAAUAAAGAACCUUGUCCUCAGAGUGAAGAACCUUGUCCUCAGAGUGAAGAAACUUGUCCUCGAAGUGAGGAACCUUCUCCUCAGAGGGAAGAACCUUGUCCUCAGAGUGAAGAACUUUGUCCUCAGAUUUUAGAACCUUGUCCUCAGAAUAAAGAACCUUGUCCUCAGGGUGAAGAACCUUACCUCUGA